AUGGGAAACUCAUCUUCAAAGAGAAAAUCUGCUAUCGUCAACAAUUACAUGGAUUUCUUUUCCGCCAAAGAUCCUUCACUUCCGACGGAUGAACGCAUGCAAUUGGGAAGUCACAUAAUCCGAGAAUUAUGGGGAGAGAAUUUUUCUUCACCGAUUAAGGACUUGUUGAAAAAAGGUGGCGCAACAGUCUUGGAUGUUGGAUGCGGAACCGGAACAUGGAUGUUUGACCUUGCCGCUGAUUAUCAAAAGUCCUCAUAUGUGGGUGUCGACAUGGUACGACUAUUUCCAGCCGGCACAGAACCGUUUAACGUAAAAUUUGUAAAUGGGAAUGUCCUGAAUGGAUUACCUUUCGAGGAUGGGACAUUCGAUUUCGUGCACGUGCAAUUCCUCGUAUUUGACAUUAAAGAGGCUGACUGGGAGAGUAUUGUAUACAAGGAAUUGGUUAGAGUGCUAAAACCCGGUGGAUGGUUGGAGAUUUCUGAACCGGAAUUCCGAUGUUCUAAAGUUGGAGAAGUUACCCAAAAAUUCAUAACCGCCGGAACCAAACGGUUUAGUUCUAUGGGAGUAAAUAUACACAUAGCCUCACGUCAUCUGGAAAUAAUGUCUGGCAUAUCAGAACUCACAUCAAUACAUCAUCAAGAACGAGGAUAUCCUCUGAACAAAUGGCAAGGAAAACUUGCCGAAACUGGAAGAAAAUACAUGAGGGAAACGUGCGGAAAUUUAAUGCAGAACAUUCACGGAGACAUGAAGAUCAAGAAAAAGAAGAUUGACGAAAUGAUGGACGAGAUGGUGGAGGAAUGGAAAGUGUAUGAGCCAUUUAUUAAUAUUCAUAGAUUCUUUGGGCGAAAGUUAAUGUAA